AUGACGCUAGCACAGUUUGCGGUGCAUUGUGGUUUAUACAUGCAGGAGGAGAUCGAGACUGAGAUUUACACAGCGGGGCUAGUGGUGGUUGAAAAACCCACUCUUGUAGGGUUUUGGCAGGUGAUUGCGGGGGCGGGUCAUUGGGAGCACGAAAAGUCGAAGGGGAGGGUGUCGUUUGUUAGGGACCCACUAUACAGGUAUCUGCACCAUUUGCUCGCCACUUCUAUUUCAGCGCGCGGCUACAGCCGUGAGUGGUGUACGACCACAGAUCUUUUUUUCCUUUACUGUUUGUUGUAUAGGAGGCCGUGCGCGCUAGCACACGGUCUAGCCCAGUACUUCGCCUCCGGCCAUCACCGGCAGGAGCGCGGAUUUUUGUAUGGCGGGGCGUACGUGACCGUCAUUGCCCGUUCAUUGGGCCUCGUACCACACCAGGACCCACAUCUACGGACGCCGGCCAUCAUGCCGACGCGGAUGGGUAUGCAGUCGCUAUGGGGGAUGAGGGUUAUCAAGAGGUUCCCCGUUGGCCCGCGGUUUAAAAACCGCGAAGGGGGCGUAUGGACAGAGCAGGCCUUACCAGAGCAUUUCGAGCCCGUUCAUCCUCCUGCAGAUCCUGCUGAUGUAGUGCCCGUGGAGGACCCUCCGGAGGAUCUAGACGGUGCAGCGGAGCCACAGCCACCGCCACCUGCCGGGGCACCUCAGUUUCCACGUCACGUUAUUCGAGGUCGUGCCCCAGGAGCUGCGCUACAUUCGGAUGUACGAGCCAGGCUUGACAGGCUCGACGAUUUGGUAGGUUGGCUGGUACGGGCGGAGCAGGAUAGACGGGAGAGAGAGGGAUUACCCCCGAUACCGCUUCCACCGGUUCGAGCACCACAUCAGGAGCACCAGCCACAGCAGCAGCAUCAGGAUUCAGAUUCGGAUUUGGAUGCAUAGACCUGUUGUUGUUUUUAUUGUUAUUAUGGAUGUACAAACUUAUCUUAUAUAUUUUUGUU